AUUUUUCCAAGGUUCGUCGAUUGGUAUAAAAGCAAUUGGAGUAAGUAAUCACGGUCGAACAGUCACUAUGCUUCGCUCGUGCGUUCUCAUCGCGGCGUUGGUCGUUCUGACCGGCACGGCGGAAGCGGCCAAAGAUUGGUACAAGAACAGUCUGGUAUAUCAGAUCUAUCCGAGAAGCUUCCAGGAUAGCAAUGGCGACGGCAUCGGCGAUUUGAAUGGUAUCACGGACAGGUUGGACCACAUCGCGGACAUCGGCGCCGACGCGCUAUGGAUGUCACCGAUCUUCUCUAGCCCGCAGGUAGAUUUCGGCUACGACAUCUCUAAUUAUACCAAUAUCCACGAGGAGUACGGCACCCUCGAAGAUUUUGAUGCGCUCGUGGCAAAGGCAAAGUCCCUCGGGCUGAAAGUAAUCCUUGAUUUCGUGCCGAAUCACAGUUCCGACCAGCACGAAUGGUUCCUUAAGAGUAUCGACAGGGUCAAGCCCUACGACGACUACUACAUCUGGAAGGAUGGGAAAUCGAACGGUACCGAGCCGCCGAACAACUGGCUGAGCGUUUUCGGGGGUCCCGCUUGGACGAAAAACGAGACACGCGGGCAAUAUUAUCUGCAUCAGUUCGCCGCCGGACAACCGGAUCUCAACUACCACAACGCUGAUUUGCGAGAAGAAAUGAAGAAUGUAUUGACUUUUUGGAUGGAUCGGGGCGUGGAGGGAUUCCGCAUUGACGCUAUCAAUCAUAUGUACGAGGAUUCCCGAUUCUUGGACGAGCCGCGAAGUAAUAAAGACGUACCGUCCAAUGACACCGACUACUUGGAUCACAUUUACACGAAAAAUCUCCCGGAGACUUAUGAAGUUCUCGCGACUUGGAGGGAGUUGAUGGACAAUCACUCGUCGACCGCUGACACGAAGAUGAUCCUGACCGAGGCCUAUGCGGACUUCGAUCUCACCAUAAAGUACUAUCUGUCGGGCUCGACGGUGCCGUUCAACUUCAUGUUCAUUGCCGAUCUGAAUGACAAAUCCAGCGCAGCCGAUUUUAAACACUCUAUUGAUCGUUGGGUAAAAAACAUGCCUAACGGUACGGAAUACGUUGCAAACUGGGUGGUGGGUAAUCACGACAAUCAUCGAGCGGCUACUAGAUUCGGCGAGAAACGGGCCGAUCAGCUUAACAUGCUGGCGACCAUUUUGCCCGGCAUAAGCGUGAUUUACAACGGCGACGAGAUCGGCAUGGUCGACAGAAAUUUCACGUAUGAAGAAACCAAGGAUACUGCCGGUUGCAAUGCAGGACCCGACAGAUAUUACUUGAAAUCGCGAGAUCCGGAAAGAACGCCUUACCAAUGGGACGCUACCACCAGUGCCGGUUUCUCCACCAACGAAACAACUUGGCUUCCAGUAAACCAAAAUUAUGAGAUUUUAAAUUUGGCGGCGCAAAAAGAUGAGCAGGUCUCUCAUUAUAAAGUGUUCAAGGCGUUGAUGAAACUAAAGAAGACGCCUGUCAUCGCGCAGGGAUCCCUACAGACUGCGUUGUACUGUUACGAGUGUUCUGUCACCGAAAAUGUUCUAGGAGUGGUACGACGACACGAAGGAUUCUGCACCAGCAGCAUCGUGCUCCUCCUGGUGAACUUCGCGAACACGGAGGUCGUCGUCGACGUUGGUACCUGGUUGAACAUUUCGGAGCAGUUGAUUGUCUAUGUAGCCAGCGUAGAUUCCAAACUGCUUCCAGGAUCAUAUCAAAAUAUGGCUUCCGUUGUUCUGCCCGGCUCGGCCUCUGUUGUGUACAUCACCGAAGAUUUGUAUAACUAAAUUUUGGUUUAUUUGAUGCUAACGAAUAACUUUUAAAUAAAUUUUCGAAUAUAUAUAUGUAUAGACACAUCUUUUCUGCGGAGCAUUUUGUGUAAAUCUGAAAAUAAACAUUCCAAGAAAAUGUAUCUUCUAAAAAGAAACGAUUAGAAAUAAAUUUGUUGUCAUUAACGUGUUAUUAAUUUCAAUAAAAAUUAUUGCGGUAGCGUUUAAAAUCAAUUGUGCUAUGUACACAAAAUGUGUAUUCUUAUGAUAAAAUAAAUUUUAUUUUAACAAUAA